ACUGCUUCUGAAACUAUUUGGGCAAAAGGGUCAAGUAUGCAGUCUGGUCUGCACGUGCUCGCUGGUGGCUGGUGUUCUGACUGACAUGUGCGCACUGCAACCGAACGCUGCAGGUUCUACAACCCAGAACAGUAAAGCAAUACUUCUUUGGCUGCACCCACCACUGAGCAUGUGGUCGCACACACACAGAAGUUAUAUGCAAAGAAAUUAUUGUUUUAGUGGGUUAGUAUGGAGGCCACCUACACACCUGCCCAGAGGAAUGUUUUAUCAGUAUUGCAUGUGGGGGGUAUCACCAAUGGCAUUCACUCACAUACCAUUGAUGCCAGCAGGGGAUGUGGCCAGUGGUGUGGAAACCUCCAGAGGUUUGGGAACAGUCAACAGAAGAAAGCUUCAACUGGUGCAACUUAUGUACUCUCUGAGCUCUUCUGGUGGAAAUCUGCAGAUGUGCAUCUUAUCUGUGACAAGAAAAGUAUUUACCUUACUGAACAGUGAGGAGAAAUGCAACACUUUCAAGCUGCAUGCCAUCUGAAUCAUGUUACUUGCCUGUCAUGAGACAAGAGGCCAGAUUUCCAGAUGGACACAAACACCUUUGCCUUUUUUUUUUCCAGAACAGAGUGAGCAUGAAAGCGCAGCAGAUGAACAGACCUCAGUAAAUUGUUAUAAUAGAUUAAAAGAGUUGAAUGUUUGAGCUGCUCUCUCCUCAGACUGGAUGUAGCGGUUCCUCAUAUCGGGGCUCUCCGUUUACAUUAUUCAUACGGAGGAGGGUGUGACUUGUUGGCUCUUUUUUCCGCCUGUAUAAAACGAGAAGUUCGCGUAAAAGAAAAUACAGAUGGAGAAGGCUAGCCGGCUCGCUGUGUCACAGAGAGUCCCCUUAAGCCUACGUGACAACUCACAUACUGUCCCUUUGUGACCAGCUUAAUCGGCAGAAUGCCCGGUCUGUGUGUGCUUUGUCUCGCCGCCGCGCUGGCUGUGUUCACCCGGCUCGCCGACACCGUGGGGCCGGUGGUCCGAUGCGAGCCGUGCGACGCCGGGGCACUUCUCCAGUGCAAGCCGCUGCCGAAGGACUGCGCGGAGCGGGUGAGGGAGCCCGGCUGCGGCUGCUGCAUGACGUGCGCCCUCGGCGAGGGACAGGCGUGUGGAGUGUACACGGCGCGCUGCGGCUCCGGCUUGACCUGCCAGCACCAGCCGGGGGAGAGCCGACCCCUGCAAGCUCUGCUGGAGGGACGGGGAGUGUGCUCCAGCGCCGCGUCCAAAAAACUAAACAGCAUACUCACACCGACGCAAGCAAAACAAGAGAACGCUGGAAAUCAGGUAGAAGAGGGCUGUGCCAACGUGACCGCAACGAUGCCGGUGUUGCCUGGCGUGGCGACUGUGAAGGGCGGGCACAGUCGGGGGUCAAUGGACACCAGGCCUCCGCUGCACAACAAACUGAUCCAGAAAGAUCUGAACAGGAAGACUCAGAGCUACAAGGUGGAAUCAGUGUCAGGAGGAGCCAAUAUGGACAUGCACAACUUCUCCCUGGAGAGCAAGAGGGAGACUGAGUAUGGACCGUGCCGGCGGGAGAUGGAGAGCAUCCUGAACAGUCUUAAAAUCAGCAACGUGCUCAACCCGAGAGGCUUCCGCAUACCCAACUGUGACAGAAAGGGCUUCUACAAGAAAAAACAGUGCCGUCCAUCCAAAGGCAGGAGGCGGGGAUACUGCUGGUGCGUGGACAAAUACGGGCAGCCUUUGCCCGGCUACGAUGGCAGGGAGCGAGGUGAGACGCAGUGCUACAGCCUGGAGAGCAAAUGAGAGGAUGGAGGGACGACAAGUGGACGGAGAGAGGAAGACCGAGAAUAAAGAAUAAAGGGGGGGGGGAGAGAGAGAGAGAAAGAGAGCCUUUGCUCUUGCAUGUAGUUUUAUGUAAACAUUUGAAGGAGCUCUGGACCUUUGAUUUCAGGUCCCAUUUCUUUGGGAGAGGGAGGGACUUUGGGAGAGAACACGGGGAGGGGAGAGGGAAGAGGUGGAGCACCGGCCGAGCCUCCUGUCCAUCACAGCUAUCUGUCCUGUGCUUAGGGAACCUCUAUCCUUUCUUUAAAAAAAAAAAAAACAAAAAAAACCGAAAAAAAACAAACAAAAAACAAUUAAGCUGAAAGCUGAGACAGAAGGGGAAGAAAGAGAGAAUCCUAUCAUCUGCACUAUUCUGUUAGAGAGAGGAAGGAGGGACUUUUCCACUCACUUUAAAGAGGACUUGUUUGUGACUGUGACCCCAAAAACCGCACCACCCUUUGUUUCUAUGUGUGUCUGUGUGUGAGUGUGUAAUCAUGAGUCUCUGUGUGUGUGUCUGUAUGUGUGUCCUGCAUAACGUACAUGUGCACAGCUGCAUGUCUGUGCAAGAUGAUGUGUGUGUGUGUGUGUGUGAGUGUGCUUUCCCAAAAGUGUUUAUUUGUGUAAAUACUGUAUGUCACUAAGCUUAGAACACCCAUCCCCAGGCCCUGCUCCAUUAAACAAUGCAGAAAAAAAAAAAAAAAAAAAAAAAAAAAAAAGCUCUCUGGCUCAGGGUCCAUUUUGAAGUGAAGGAUUAUGGGACGGCAGGGCUUGGACUUCUUAUCCAGCACGUUGGCCGUCAAGGGCCUUCUUUCUUCUUUCUUUCACCCUGCAAUCAGUCUGCAGGAGGAAAGGACUGGAGGCAAAACCGUGCAGUUACAGUGCCUUAAAACAGACCUUUCCACACCUCCCCUCCCCUUCACCCUUCAUAGUCCUCAGUUAAGGGAGUACAUCACUGAAAAUCUAUCUUCUGAGUAUCAAAUACUCUAAAAGUUUGUAGCUUGCAGCUUGGAUUCACAACAGCUACAAGA